CGUCCUGCGAGCGGGGACAGAGCCAGCACGGCCGUGCCAUGCCGGGGGGAAAGGCCCUGAGCGCCUGGGCACUGCUGGCCAGCCUGGCCCUGGCCAGCUGGGGGGUCCGAGGGCAGAUCUACGUGAAGGAAUUCAGUGGGAAGGUGUUCCUGGAAUGUGUGCGAGCCCAGGGCAGCAAGAACAUCACAUGGUGGAGAGAUGGGAGCACCGUUGGACACGAGGCACAGCUGGACCUGAGCGGGGUUUAUGACGACCCCAGGGGCCUCUACGUGUGUGAGACAGGAAGCAAAAGGAGCAGCCUCCAGGUGCACUACCGCAUGUGCCAGAACUGCAUCGAGGUGGACGCUCCCACCAUCUCGGGCAUCGUCAUCGCGGACAUGGUGGCCACGCUGUUCCUGGCAGUGGCCGUGUACUGCGUCACUGGCCACGACAGGGGACACAGCUCACGAGCUUCUGACAGGCAGAACCUGAUCGCCAACGAGCUCUACCAGCCCCUGGGAGAGCGGGAGGAUGAGCAGUACAGCCGGCUGGCUCCCGCCCGUGCCCGCAAGUGAGGUGGGAAGACUCCGAGACUGCCUUCAUCAGCGUGCUGGUUUGGCCUGGAGGCCCCUCCAGGAUGGGCUGCUUGCAGCCCUGUGCUCCCUCCACGACCUCUUGCACUUCUACAUCCCUGCCA